CUUAAGAACACCCCAAUGGCCAACCCUUCUGUCACACCACACAUCAGCAUGACACCCCUUUGAUAUUAAAAGGACGACAUAUCCGUUUGAUUCUUCUUCUUCUUCUUCUUCCAUUAUUCAUUUCUCUCUAGCUAUUCUCUCUCUCUUUAAAGAUCAUUACAAACAAAAAGAAGCUUUUUAGAAAAAUAAUAAGAUCAUAGACAACGUACGGGUGCGAAACGGAGGAAAUUAAAUCGGCCUGGAACAAGCAUGGAAGGCAGCUUAAGUGAAUUGUACGGAAAUGUGAAGUAUGAUAUGGAUAUGGAUAUGGAAAUCACGUCGGACAACAGUGGAGAUAACUCUCCGUUUUCUACCACCUUCAGCGCCUGCGCCUCCAUAUCCUCUCCAAAGAGAAGCAGACGAGCUAUACAGAAAAAGGUGGUGACGUUUCCACUCAAAGAAGUCCAAGGAUCUCGAUUCAAAGGCGAGUGUACUCCUCCAUCCGAUUCAUGGGCUUGGAGGAAGUAUGGUCAAAAGCCAAUCAAGGGUUCACCUUAUCCUAGAGGAUAUUACAGAUGUAGCAGCUCAAAGGGAUGUCCAGCUAGGAAGCAAGUAGAAAAAAGCCGUGCAGAUCCAAACACAUUAGUAGUCACGUACUCAUACGACCACAACCAUCCUUGGCCUAUAUCGCGUAACCACCACCAAAACCGCCACAACAACGUUGUUGCUGCAGCCGCCACCUCUUCAGCUCCUACCACCGCCGAAAACAACAACAACUCAACAAGGGUCGUCUCCUCCACAUGUACUACUAACAACAAAUCAAUGCAAACCAAAAUAGAAAACAACCAUGUUGCGUUCCAACAAAAUAAUGAUGAGCACGACCAGUUGCUCCCUCCAACAGACGAGCUAGCGUGGUUUACCUCCGACCAUCAAAUCCUCGAAAACAACUUGUUAUUUAGUAACUUGAACGAUCUAGACAUGGAGAAAAUCUUUCCAAUGAGGGAGGAGGAUGACUCCCUUUUCGCUGACCUAGAGGAGCUCCCGGAAUGUUCAGUGGUUUUCCGGAGGGCGGCUGGGGUGGUGGCUGUAGAAGAGUGUAACUUGCCACCACCAACAUGGUGUGGGGCCACCGGUUGAGGUUGGUUAGUUAAGGGUAUCACCCACCCUUUUGUCUUCAUUAGUGUGCUGGCCUAAUUAUCUUAUUAGCCAAGGAUUAUUAUUAUUAAUAAUCAACUCAUAUUAAUUAUAGCAUGAAAAUAUAAUAAAUCAAGGAGGGGACUUACCUUACGCCUUAAGAUAAUCAAUCUUCACACUUUGCUUA